AUGGUCAACAUUCCAAAGACUCGCCGCACCUACUGCAAGGGCCCAAGCUGCAAGAAGCACACUCAGCACAAGGUCACUCAGUACAAGGCCGGCAAGGCAUCUCUCUUCGCCCAGGGAAAGCGCCGAUACGACCGCAAGCAGUCCGGGUACGGUGGUCAGACGAAACCUGUGUUCCACAAGAAGGCGAAGACGACAAAGAAGGUCGUGCUACGGUUAGAAUGCACAGCAUGCAAGUACAAGGCGCAGCUGGCGUUGAAGCGCUGCAAGCACUUCGAGUUGGGUGGUGACAAGAAGACGAAGGGUGCCGCGCUGGUGUUCUAG